AGAAGAGAGGCGCAGUUCGGACAUCGGCACUCCUCCGCCCGGUUACAGGCGGUCCUACCCCCCUGGCCGGCCGGGGCCGCCCAAGCCCUCCGGGAAGGAGAGAAAGGGGGACGCGUCUUGCGCAAGGUGGAGGCAGACACCUGGGCGGGCGCUAGGACCCGGGCGGCGCACCUGUUGGCUGGGCCCGGGGCCCCGCCCGCCCGGCCUCCGCCCGGAGUGCGCGACCGGCGGGGGCGAGGCGGGAGUGGCGGUGCCAGCGGAGGGCACCGGCCCGGCGUGGCAGCGGCGGCGGAGCGCGGCCCCGGGCACACCAUGGCCGAGCUGCUGCGGAGCCUGCAGGAUUCCCAGCUCGUCGCCCGCUUCCAGCGCAGCUGCGGGCUCUUCCCCGCUCCGGAUGAAGGCCCCCGGGAGAACGGCGCGGACCCCACGGAGCGCGCGGCGCGGGUCCCCGGGGUCGAGCAUCUCCCCGCAGCCAACGGCAAGGGCAGCGAGGCCCCGGCCAACGGGCUGCGCAGAGCCGCGGCGCCAGAGGCUUAUGUACAGAAGUACGUCGUGAAGAAUUAUUUCUACUAUUACCUAUUCCAAUUUUCAGCUGCUUUGGGCCAAGAAGUGUUCUACAUCACGUUUCUUCCAUUCACUCACUGGAAUAUUGACCCCUAUUUAUCCAGAAGGUUGAUCAUCAUAUGGGUUUUGGUGAUGUAUAUUGGCCAAGUGGCCAAGGAUAUCCUGAAGUGGCCCCGUCCCUCCUCCCCUCCAGUUGUGAAACUGGAAAAGAGACUGAUUGCUGAAUAUGGAAUGCCGUCCACCCACGCCAUGGCGGCCACCGCCAUUGCCUUCACUCUCCUUAUCUCUACUAUGGACAGAUACCAGUAUCCAUUUCUGUUGGGACUGGUGAUGGCCGUGGUGUUUUCCACCUUGGUGUGUCUCAGCAGGCUCUACACUGGGAUGCAUACGGUCCUGGAUGUGCUGGGUGGCGUCCUGAUCACCACACUCCUCAUCGUCCUCACCUACCCUGCCUGGACCUUCAUCGACUGCCUGGACUCGGCCAGCCCCCUCUUCCCCGUGUGUGUCAUAGUUGUGCCAUUCUUCCUGUGUUACAAUUACCCUGUUUCUGAUUACUACAGCCCAACCCGGGCGGACACCACCACCAUUCUGGCUGCUGGGGCUGGAGUGACCAUAGGAUUCUGGAUCAACCAUUUCUUCCAGCUUGUAUCCAAGCCCGCUGAAUCUCUCCCUGUUAUUCAGAACAUCCCACCGCUCACCACCUACAUAUUAGUUUUGGGUCUGACCAAAUUUGCAGUGGGAAUUGUGUUGAUCCUCUUGGUUCGUCAGCUUGUACAAAAUCUCUCGCUGCAAGUAUUAUACUCAUGGUUCAAGGUGGUCACCAGGAACAAGGAGGCCAGGCGGAGACUGGAGAUUGAAGUGCCUUACAAGUUUGUUACCUACACAUCUGUUGGCAUCUGCGCUACAACGUUUGUGCCGAUGCUUCACAGGUUUCUGGGAUUACCCUGAGUCUCAAACAGUUGGAAACUAGCCCACUGGACAUGAGAGCCAAGACAUAGGAAAGUUAUUGGUAGGCAAAUCUUGACAACUUAUUUUUCUUGAACAACAACAACAAAAAGUCAUACGGCUGUCUUGCUACUACCAGAUAAAUGCUGCUGCUGUGUGAAAGGAAAAA